AUGGUGCUCUCACAAAUCAAGGCGUUCCCCGCCCUGUCCAGAGGGCACGCGAGCUUCACCGUCAGCGUGUUCCUCUCGUACAUCCUCGAUUGGAUUCUCAUUGUCGGCGUCGCUCUAAUCGGCUAUGGCUUCCACCGCGUCGAGCCAAAUCACAUGCCCUUCUCUCUCGACAACGUGGACUUCUCGUACCCAUACACCGAGGAUGAAACCGUCAGCUCUGGCGUUAUGGUCGUGGUCUCGCUUGUUGCACCGGGUGUGCUCAUUGCGCUUUUGUUUUGGCGACGCAAGAUUUGGGAGUGGAAUGCUGGUUGGCUCGGACUGGCGCUGGCUUGCGCCAGUGUUUUCAUGGCUACGGAGGGGCUGAAGGAUCUCUAUGGCAAGCCGAGGCCUGAUAUGCUUGCGCGUUGUGAUCCAGAUAUUGAGAACAUUGCUGCUUACGCGGUUGGUGGGCUAGGACAGAAGCUCGCGGGAGCCCCUACGCUGGUAAGCUGGGAUAUUUGCAGGAAUAAGUCGGACACGUUGAAGAUGAAUGGGUUUGUUAGCUUUCCCAGUGGGCAUUCAUCAUUUGGAUUCGCCGGCUUGACAUAUUUCUCCCUCUGGCUAUGCUCGAAGUUUUCGGUCAAGUUUCCCCACCUCGCGCAUUCGCCGUUUACCCAGGACUUGCGCGCCCGGGACCGUCUCGCGAUCAGAGCCCAGGGCGCUGCGCCGCCGAUUUACCUGGUUAUCCUCGCCUUUGUGCCGUGGGCAGUUGCCUUCUUUAUCUCGGCUUCGCGCUGGUUCGAUCACCGACACCAUGGCUUUGAUAUCAUCUUCGGCUCUGUUAUGGGAAUGCUGUUUGCUUGGGUUGCGUUUAGACUAUACAGUCCUCCUCUCGAGCGCGGGUCAGGCUGGUCUUGGGGGGCGAGGAGCCGUGAUCAUGCGUUCUUCAAGGCUAUCGGGAGCCCAAGUAAUAUCGGUGACGAUAACUGGUCGAGCUUGAAGGUAGUAUCAAGGGAACCGGAAAUGACGCAGAACGGCGAGGUCGACCUAGAGAGUGGAAGACGUGAUCUGGCUGAAUGA